GAAACUCCUAGUAACCUUGUGGUUCUGUGAUUGGCUAUGCAUAACAGAUUAGCCAAUGUGAGCACUCUCUGAAGGCGCAACACAUUUUGCCGCUAAAUAUGAACAGCCCUUGUAUGACUGCUGACUGAAAAGAAGCGUGUGUCCCCAAUUUUUUAGUUUUUUAAUUUUGACACUGGAUAAGUUGCAUCGACGCCAUGGGGAUUCAGGGACUUCUGCAGUUCAUUAAGGAUGCGUCGGAGGCUAUCAGUGUGAAAAAGUACAAAGGACAGACCGUAGCAGUGGACACCUACUGCUGGCUCCAUAAAGGGGCCUUUUCCUGCGCUGAGAAGCUGGCAAAGGGAGAACCAACUGACCAAUAUGUGACGUACUGCAUGAAGUUUGUUGACAUGCUCUUGUCCUUUGGAGUCAAGCCGAUCUUGGUCUUCGACGGCUGCAAUCUGCCCUCAAAGAAGGAAGUGGAUACGGCCCGUCGAGAGCGUCGGCAAGCAAACCUGCAGAAGGGCAAACAGCUCCUCAGAGAGGGAAAGAUAUCGGAGGCGCGAGACUGCUUCACGCGCUGCAUCAACGUGACACCGGCUAUGGCCCGGGAGGUCAUCAAGGCUGCACGGAGACGGGGUGUGGACUGUGUGGUGGCGCCAUACGAGGCUGAUGCACAGCUGGCCUUCCUGAACAAGACUGGUAUUGCCCAAGCCGUCAUCACAGAGGACUCUGACCUGCUGGCAUUUGGCUGCAAAAAGGUGAUCUUGAAGAUGGACAAGCACGGCAAUGGGUUGGAAAUCGACCAGAGCAACCUGGGGCGUUGCCGUGCCCUUGGCGACGUCUUCACUGAGGAGAAGUUCCGCUACAUGUGCAUCCUGUCCGGAUGCGACUACCUGGCUUCCCUCUACGGGAUUGGCCUGGGCAAGGCCUGCAAACUGCUGAAGGUUGCCAGCAACCCAGACAUCCUGAAGGUGAUCAGGAAGAUGGGCCAGUACCUGAAGAUGAACGUGACUGUGCCAGACGAGUACAUCGAGGGGUUUGUGAAGGCCAAUAACACCUUCCUCUACCAGCUGGUCUUCGACCCCCUCCGGAGGAAAGUGGUGCCCCUCAACCCGUACGCGGAUGACAUUGACCCGAGUUCCCUCAGCUACGCCGGACGUAACGUUGGUGAUGUGAAGGGUCUGCAGAUGGCCUUGGGGAACAUGGACAUCAACACCAUGCAGAAGAUCGAUGACUACAAUCCUGACACGGCACAGCCUGCCAAACCCCGCAGCCGCAGCUGGAACGACAGCAAAGAGAACCGCUCCCUGCCGGGGUCCAGCAUCUGGAGAAAGGGCUACAGCGCCGGUGGGCCCUCACCGUCCCUGCCCCCCAUGUGUGGCUCCCCAGAGAGGCCCACCACCAAGGGGAAGCAGAGGGUGGUCCACCUCCAGGGACUGAGGCUCCCUCACAGAGAGCUUCCAGUCAAGCGGCCCAGGGAAGCUUUCGAAUGCGACAGCGCAGACCCAGGGGUGUCAGAGGAGGAUAUUCUGGAGCAGUACUCCUCCUGCGGUCUGAAGAAGCCACGCAGGGAGGGGAGCCAGCCAGCCACGGGCGUCAGGGCUCCCCCUGUGGAGAGGCCUCCGGUCGCUGCCCCUCAGCCAAGGGCUCGCAACAGGUUCGCCACCCUGCUGCAGAGGAGGAACCAAGAUGAUGAGUGUGAGGACGGCCAGGUCACGCAGAGCAGGUUCUUCUGCAGCGUGGGCUCCAGCGUGGGGUCCAGCCAGGGGGCCAGUCCAGAGCCGCAGGGGCCUGGGGCUGGAGACUCAGACGAGGAUGGAGCUGGAGGUUCAGACGGGCGCUGUCAGCCUGGUGAGAGGCUCCAGGCAGGAGAGGAGCCUGAGACCGAGGCCACGGUGGGUGCUCUGGAGGCCAGGUGCCAGAGAGGGGGCACCCCCAGCCCCCCGUCCUCCCAGUCCCCACGGGGGGUCUUCUCCUGGUCUGGCAGCAGCACUGGGACCCCCACCCCCACAUCCGGCCUCUCUGCCCUUCAGCGCUUCCAGCGUAAGAAGGACUCCUUCUCCUGGAGCGCCCCCUGCCCCACGCCAUCACCCCCUCACCGGGAGGAUGAGGAGCAGACUCCCCUGGACCCGUCUCCUUCCCAGGACAGUGCAUACUUUUCCCAGCCUGGCCACACCAGCCCUGGGGCCCUGGCCCCGUCCCUGACCCCGUCCCAGGCCCACCACAGAGACUCUCCCAUCGAACUCGACAUGAGUCAGGAGUCGAACUGCAGCGAAAACACCAGUUGCUCACCUGUUUUAGAGAGGAAGCCAUCGGUCAUUAGAGCAAAGGUUUCGGGCCUGUCCCGGGUCAGGUCAGCUGACCUAGGGAAGCGGGGGAAGAUCCAGCCCUCCGCCCCCGCCAGAGCGAGCGGGCUCCGGAAGACAUCCGCGAAACCCACAGGGCCCGGGAAGAGGCCCGGCCCCGACAGCGAAAACACGCCGGGCCUGCAGGCCACCAUCAGCAGCCUGUGGAAGAACUUUGGCUUCCAGAAAGAGAGACCCAAGAUGAACUCGGGUAAGAAAGGAGAGCCCAUGUCACCCGUGAAGGACAACCUUCCACUGCCGACCCCCGAAAGCACUAAGGACAUCUACUUCACUUCCGAAAGCACCUCCUAUCAGAAAACCAUUUGUCUCUGACGGGUGUUUAUGAAAUACAUUUAUAGGGCGUGUUCGGUGUCCGCCCUAGGCAGGAAAUCAUACAGUGUAUGUAUAUACCUGCCGCCUUAUAUGGACUUUGAUCUCACAGUGAGUUAAUUUUAUUUGAAUAAAUGCAGCCGUUUCUAAAA